ACGGCGUUUCCUGCUUUGGGAAAACUUCCUUCGCUUUCGAUUCUUGAUUCCUCUCGGCUGAUUCUGAGGAAUCGAGUCGGUCGACAGCGGAAGGUUUCGAUUGGGCGGUUUGGCCCCUCCUCGGGAGGGUGUUUUAAGCUGCUUCCCGACGCUGUUAGUUUCAGAACUGCGAGCAGGAGAUCUUGCAGUCGGAUUUGGAUUUUUUGGGGGUUUUUUGGGGUGUGUGUGAAAGAAAAACGGUUUUGUUUUUUGGGGCGGUUGAAAGAAAAACGGAAUACGAGGAGAGGGGGAAUAUUGCAAAGCCAGAAGUUUAAGGAGAAAGAGGAAAAAUGACCGAGGCCGAACGAGAGAAUUUGCUUCGCUGCCAGGAUUAUAUAGUGAAGAUUUUAAAUCCUGCUUAAUUGAGCUACAUGAAAACCUGGCUGUCUGACGAGAUUGUGGAGCAAAUUCAAGAGCAAAGCAACCGACCAACCAAGGCAGCAGAACUCUUUCUUCAGUCUAUUCUACAGCUCAAAGUGGAUGGAUGGUUCCGUGCUUUUAUGGAUGCACUGCAUGCAGCAGACUAUACUGGCCUUCAUCAAGCAAUUGAAAAUUGGGAUUUCAAGAUAAUUGAAAGUUUGGAACCUCACAGGGAACUGUUGAAACGAAUUGAACCCACUAUGCAGGACAUUGACAUCGAAGAUAUUCAAUUCUACAUGGGAGACUGUCUCCUAAUUCAGGAAUGGGAAGAAAUUCGUCAGAUUAAAACCAUGAAAGGCAGAAAAGCAAGUGCAAGCAAACUGGUAGAAUGCCUGUGUAGAUCAGACAAAGAACAUUGGCCUAAAACUUUCCAAAUUGCACUGGAUAGGGCUGGAUGCGACACCCAAAGCAAAUACUGGAAUUUGAAAAAAGAUGAUAAUGCAGAUGUUGAAAUGGAAAAUGAAGAGGAAAGCAGCUGUGUUUUUCAAAUACAGAUUUCUGAAGAAGCAGAAUCUGAUAAUCUUUGUGGGAAUUCAUGUUCAGCUUCAGCUAUCUUCCCGCAGACCAGGUAUGUUCUGUGGGACCCAAGGAGCUAUCAGAGAGAACUUGCUGAACCUGCUCUUAAAGGCAAACAUACCAUGAUUUGUGCCCCUACUGGAUCUGGGAAGACUUUUGUGUCUAUUAUGAUAUGUGAGCAUCAUCUCUGCAACAGGCCUGAUGGGGAGAAAGGAAAAGUAGUCUUCCUCACUACAAAAGUUCCAGUUUAUGAACAACAGAAGAGAGUCUUCCAGAAAUACUUCAAAAAUGAAUACGACAUUGCAGGCAUCUGUGGGGAAGAUGGUUCCUCGAAUCCUGCAGACAUGGUUAUUAAGCAGAAUGAUAUUAUUGUCAUGACGCCCCAGACUCUUUUGAACGCUCUGAAUAAUGGGACCAUUCCUUCUCUUUUAAUUUUCACAUUGAUGAUAUUCGAUGAGUGCCACAACACUACGGGGAAUAACCCAUAUAAUAUGUUAAUGUUUAAGUAUUUGGACCUUAAACUGAAGCAAGGUGCAUGCUCAUUGCCUCAGAUUGUAGGAUUGACCGCUUCUCCUGGCAUUGGCAGUGCAAAAAGCGUAGGUGAGGCCAUAGACUACAUCUGCAAGAUUUGUGCUUCACUGAAUAUUGAAGUGAUCUCAACCGUCAGAAAGAACAUAAAGGACCUAGAUGAAAUUGUUCAUAAACCUGAAAAAAUUAUUAGACUUGUUGGGACUCGACCACAAAAUCGCUUUGUAGAUAUUGUAUCUCAGAUGAUGUUGAAAGCAGAGGCUCUAGCAAGACAAUUUCAUCCUAUUGAUAACUUGUCUGUGAUGAAGAACCAAUGUUAUGGGACCCAGAAAUAUGAGCAGUGGAUCACCGAUGUGCAGCAGAAAGCUGUGGUGUUACACUUUCCAAAUAAGGAAGACGAGAGCCGAGUCUGCAGAGCUGUUUGUAUUUGCACACAGCACCUCCGAAAAUACAAUGAUGCCUUAAUCAUCAAUGAAGAUGCCCGAACCAAAGAUGCUUUGGAUUUUCUGAAGGAUUAUUUUCAGGAUAUCAAAAAUGCCAACUUUGAUGAUAUUGAACGUCAAUUGGUUUCAAAUUUUGAAGAUAAUUUGCAAGAACUCACUGCUGCUUCUGAGGAUAAAUCAAAUGAAAACCCAAAAUUGGAAGAUAUUGCAGAGAUUUUGGGAGAGGCAUAUCAUGUCGACCCUGAGACGCGCACUAUUCUCUUCGUGAAGACAAGAGCACUGCUGGCAGCAUUGAAGAAUUGGAUAGAAGAAACACCUGAACUUAAGCAUCUGAAGCCACAGGCGCUGAUGGGACGUGGGAAAAGAAACCAUUGUACAGGCAUGACCCUCCCAAAUCAGAAAGGGACUUUGGAUGCCUUCAAAACCAAUGUGGACAGCAAGCUGCUAAUAGCAACUUCAGUGGCUGACGAAGGGAUUGAUAUUGCUCAGUGUAACCUGGUCCUGCUAUACGAAUAUGUAGGCAACGUCAUCAAAAUGAUACAAGUCAGAGGUCGUGGAAGAGCAAAAGAUAGCAAGUGCGUUCUUGUGACGAGCAAAAAAGAACAGGAAGAGAAGGAGAGAUACAAUUUACAAAAGGAAGAAAUGAUGAACAAAGCUAUCGAAGAGGUACAGAGCUGGGAUGAAAAUAUGUUUGCAAACAAGAUAAAUGAGUUGCAAAAGACGCAAAUAAAAAUGCUAGAUUCCAAGAAAAAAACGACAGAACCAAAACCCUGGAAAAGCAAUCAAGUCCUUUUGUGUGGCAGAUGCAAGAAGAAGGCCUGCAGUACGGAGGACCUCCGGGUGAUUGAGGAAUCGCACCACACCGUUUUAGGUGAGAAAUUUAAAGCACAGUAUACCACCGGACCUCAUAAGGCGGCAGGAAACUGCGGGGAUUUUUAUAAAAAAGGCAAGAUGUAUUGCCUCAAUUGCCAUCAUGACUGGGGAAUCAUUGUGAAGUACAAGACCUUUGCGGACAUGCCCAUCAUUAAAAUCGGGAGCUUUUCCGUGCAGGAUGUUGUUAGCAACCAGCAAUUUCAUUUCCGAAAAUGGAAGGAUGUUGAUUUUGCAAUGAAAGAAUUUGAUGUUGAAGAAAUGCCUUAGAAAGUACGGUCUGUUCAAACUUCUGUUUAUAAUCUUGCAUGACCUAGUUACAUUCUAUUUUAAAGUCAAAUUGGUAACUAGGGUAAUAUUAACUUAGCCGCCCGGAGUCCUUCGGGAGUGGGCAGCAUACAAGACAAGACAAAUAAACUAAACUUUCCACUUAUUCCAGUGUAAAUUCAAACUCCAAGGUAGCUGUGAUAUCUCUGAUUCUUAGUAUGCUUCCAUUAAUCAGUGCUUCUUCAAAAAAAGCUGAUCUGUUUCCAUUGCUCUUUUGGUUAUGCAAUUUAAUAAUAAAUGUAUAGAUUUAAAACUUUAAAUGGUCCUUGUCCCUGUUGCAACAUUUUAUUGCUCAGAAUUCCAAAGCAUGUUCCUUUCUGAUAAAGCAAAGGAGAAUUUAUUCUUUAUCUUGAACCUCUGUUUCAGAAUUCAUACCCACAAAAGAUUCUAUUGAUUUUUGAAAACAGGUUUGUUACAAAAGGCUUCAAUCCUGUGGUCCCAUGAAUGAAGGCACAUACGAACGAAUGCACAUAUGCCGAAGAAUAAAGAGCCAAGCCAUUUAAUCGUUCUAGCAAUAUUAAAAUUUCAAGGAUGGAUUUUGAUAAGCGCUUUUAAUGCAAUAAUACAGGGUUAGUAACUUCUGAGGCAGGCAGGAAAAGAAACUGGUACUGUUAAUUGCUGUAUAAAAUGUUGAAAAGGAUCUAGCCUCCAUAUACAUGGAUGAUAAAAGUUUCUGUCCCACCUACAA